AUCUCAUUCAGCACUUAGAGGAGUUGUCAGGGGGAGCCAAGCCCAAAGAGGGGCCAACAGCAGCACUCAAUACAACGCCAUCCCAUUGUCUGGUUGGAGAAAGAAACGCCGAAAGCAGAGAGAGCGUGAGACAAGAGAGGAGGCAAGAGAGGAGGGUGGGUGAAAGCAGAAGGAAACUCAGCAAAUCUGCCCCUUUGACCCGUGUACAGCUUGGGAAUAUGGGGAACACCAAGAGCGGUGCUUUGUCCAAGGAGAUUCUGGAUGAUCUGAAGCUGAACACCAAAUACACGGAGGAAGAGCUCUGCGCAUGGUACGCCACCUUCCUCAAAGAGUGUCCCUCCGGACGCAUCACCAAGGAACAGUUCGAGGGCAUCUAUGCCAGUUUCUUUCCAGAUGCCGACCCUACCGCUUACGCUCGGCACGUCUUCCGCAGCUUUGACACUAAUGCCGACGGCACCUUGGACUUUAAGGAGUACAUUGUGGCGCUGCACCUUACCUCGUCAGGCAAGACCCUGCGCAAACUCGAAUGGGCGUUUGCUCUGUAUGAUGUAGACGGCAAUGGGACCAUCAAUAAAAAUGAGGUGCAGGAGAUCGUACGAUCAAUAUUCAACAUGAUUCCUGUCGAAGACCAGAAAAACCUUCCGGAAGAUGAGAACACACCAGAAAAGCGAGCUGACAAAAUCUGGACUUUUUUCAGAAAGAAAGAAGAUGAUAAGAUUGGAGAGGGGGAAUUCAUUCAGGGUGUCAUGGAAAACAAAGACAUCUUGAGGUUGAUACAGUUCGACGAGCCAAAGAAGAUUCAGGAAAAACUCAAGGAGAAGAAGCAUUAAUGACCACAUUCCCAUGAGACUGAUCAGAGCUUGAUUUCCAUUCAUUUGACACCAAACCUACACGACCCAGACUGAUUCUCCAGGCCACACACUGGAGACAUUCAGACACUCUAUUCAUACACACUUCAAAGCCAUAAACCAGACUAACCUAGCUUUUCUUAUAACACAUGCAAGACUUGUGCUCUGGACCACCACCAUCACCACCUCUACCUGAAGGGCCUCACUGCUAUUUCGAUUGCUUUUAGAAUCCAAUCGAUAAGAGGUCCAAUCGAAUUAGGCUCGUGUUAACAGUCUCUGCUCAAUCCUCUUAGAAUCUGAAGGUCGGGUAAGACAAAUCCACAGGGUCCAGUGGCUCUCCUCUUUUAGAUCCCUUCAGGGUUAAGGAGGGGCGUGUGUAGAGCAUUUUAAAUGGGGGAGGGGGGGAGGGUUGAAU